UGAGAGAGAACAUCAGUGAAGGACUGCAACCGUAUCCAGGAGGUGGAAAAUAGAGCCUGGUCCAAUUUGAAGGAUUUAUUUUAACUGAGGGAGUACAUUUGAAGCAGUAAAAUUAUGCUUGUGGAGAUUGUCCUCUUUGGAGGGAUUUUCCUUCUCACAACAGGAGCUAGAUGUGAGAUGACAGAGGUGACGGCUGAGGCAGGUUCCCAGGUUGUGCUACCUUGUAAAUGUGAAAUACCACAGUGUGAUCCUGCUGCCAUCACCUGGAGUAAAGACAACAAAGGCACGGUUUGGAGAAAGCAAAGCAGCGGUCUGCAGUACUUGGGCUCUAGCUGGUUUCAGAAAGGGUCUUCACGGGUGCGGUGCCCACACUCCGACUUUGUCAAAGGAAAGUACAGCCUAGAAAUAAACGAUGUGAAGGUGGAAGAUGGCGGACUUUAUAAAUGCAAGGUGGAAUUCAAAGGCCGUGUUAUAGAAAAAGAAAUUAUGCUCCGAGUUCUUCAAGUGUCAUUCUCUCCGUCGGCUCCUAUGUUGGGGGAUGUCGUGUCUGUUCAAUGUACCAUGUCACCUUGGCCUGAAGGUGCUGUAGUUAAUUGGAUGGUGAACAGUAUUCCAUACGAGCCAAAGAAUUCAGUCAUAAAAAACCAAAGUGGAAGACUCAUCAAGGAAAAGGCAUUAGAAGAGCUGGCAGGAAAUUGGACAUGUUUCAUCCACAAGUCCAAGAAUGUAUGGAAAGCCACAGCGCAGCUCUCUUUUAGAGGAAUAAUCCAGCCAUCCAAGGACAACAUCAAACUAUAUGCUGCACUGGGGUCUCCGUUCACGAUGCCCUGUAUGUUCUCUCCGGGGAUUUCACCCACUUGGGCGAUGGUGGAGAAACUGGACAGCGAAUUUUCGCCCAUGUUUAAGAACCGCUCUGUUUCUACAUCACCCUCGGACAAGUCCAUUAUAAUUGAAGAGGUCCAGCCUGAAAAUGAGGGCAAGUACAGGUGCACGGGAAUCGUAAAAACACAAACACUGACAAGGUCAAUGCAGCUUGUUGUUGCUAAAGUUGUCAAAUCAAAGAAGAGAGGCUCUGUGAUGCUGAGCUGCCAACUGUCAGACUCGAGCGAAGUCACCGACUACGAGUGGGUCCAUGUGACCUAUGACAUCAAUGGCACAAAAUCAGUUGGGUCAAUCCUGCAUGGACCGACAAUUACAGUGGAAGAUAAUUGGGGUGAAUGGACAUGCCGUUACUUUGGGAAAAGUGGACUUUUGGGAAACGUGACCACGCAGGCUUAUCUAAUGGCUGGUCUGAGUGGAGAAAAAUCAUCAGCAGCCUCAAGUAACACCGGCACCGUGAUCGGCCUCAGCUUUCUUCUCGUCAUUCUGCUACUGAUCCUCGCUCAGAUGUACAAGAAUCACCAAAGGAGGAAAAGGAUUCUUCAAUAUCCCGCUCUGGAGACUAUUGUUCACACCAUCUCCAACGAGCGUGAAGAGUUAGAAAAGAACCGAGUGAAAAACUGAAAAGAACCCUUUAGAUUUUUUUUGCAAGAGCACAUUUCCAGUUGUACUUCUUGGUGAAAGGUCAUUUUUCAUGUAAAAAUCCUAUAUAGGAUAUUAUUUGCACAUAUUUUGUAAAUAACUUAAUAGCAGACUUUGUAGCAGGUACUAUAAAGGAAUUCAAUCUGUAAUUUAAUUUCAGC